CCGCAAGCGAUUCAUAAUGGCCACCAUCGCACGUGCUUUAAAUUUCCCUUAAAAACAAAUGUUUUUCGAGCCUCUGCGGUAGAGAUCAUCUCUUAAAAAGAUUUUAUUUUAGUAGAGCAGGCCUUGGACUAUACAAAAACUCUGGAUUCCACUACCCGAUCACUUUCACUUUUGUUGGGAGGAGACAGAAAGAAUAGCAAUGUUUUGAUCAUAAAAUUUUAUAUGUUGGUGGAAAAUGAAGAUAUUUGCCUUCCAACGCAAAGUCAUGCCUUAAGACAUGUUUUUCCUGAAAGCUGAUAGCCUAUUUUAUCAAAUAAAACCAGUGGUUUGUGGCUGCCACUUUUUUUCUGAAAGAAAUUGGUCCUUGGAAAUGACCUUUCACAAGACUUCAUAAAUCGGGCACCAGUCCCAAAUUGUUCUAUGAUACAAAACAUGUUGGCACGAUUUCAUUGAAGUAAUUUUGACCCAACAAUUCACAAUUUCAAGCGUCAUUCAAACGUGAUUUGCAUGUGAAGAUUUGUUGACAGAAGCGGUUAAAAAAAAAAGAUGGAACAAUGAUGAAACAGAGGAGCUUGCCGAUUUGCUCGAUUACCACUUUUUGUUGGAUGCAUUUGAAAUAAGAAUAUAUUAUGAAUUGAAAUAAAAAAUACUUGUAAUAGCCUAAUUUGUAAACUAUUUUUAUAUAAUUCAGAUUGACUUUCGUGGUGAAAAAUCUCACGAUUAAGGAAUGGUCUAGGCUGAAAUGUCUAAAAAUGUGUGUGCUUUCGUUUAACACAUAUAUAACUGUACAAUUUUUUUCAUUUGCAAUCAGUUGCUAGUCUAACAACAACAACAAUAAUGAUAAACAUUUAAAGUGUUUCUAGCCCAGAAAAUCACAAAAACCUAUUGUUAGUGGAUUAUUUCCAUUGGGGUCCACUGAGUCUGAGUGAAGCUAGCUUUCUCACAUUUACGUUUAGUUUUAGCAGGCUUCUAGAAAACUAAUCAAGACCAACCUUGAGCUAGCUAAGGUUACAGAUCAGAUGAAUUAUUUUUUUUCCUUUUAAAAUUUAAUUUUAGAAGUAUAAUAAUUUACAUUUCUAAUAGUUGUCAACCAUUUUUUUUGUGAAAACGAAAGUGAAAUGUAUGGUGUAGAAAAGCUCAAAAUUUUAGUAGUAAAAAAAGUGGCAGCUACUACCUAAUACGAUAGAACGCUAGAUAAGGGUAACAUACAAACAGAAAAAGUAAUUUUUAGGCAAAACCUUGCGUCAGAAUGUUGUACAAGAGUGCUCCUGUACUGGUAAAUUGUGAACUAGCCAUCCGGGCUUUUGUGGACCUUGCCGUCUGUUUAGGCUGCCCCGGGUCGCAACCAAAGGCGAAAUAGUAGUCUAUGGUCAUCCUUCUUUAGUUUUAAAAGAAAAAAAUGUUAAAUUUUCUUUUAUUGGGCAACUAAAACAAGAUAAUAGAGAGUGAGGUCAAUAUCGAUGACGUCAUGAUCUUAUGCCGUAGGCGCUUUUUUUAAAAAAUUUUUUGGCGCAUGCGCACACUUUAUUUCCUUAAAAUCGCGGAAGAUUUUCGAAAAACAACGGCAUGUGGCCAAGGGCGCAGUGUUCUGGUCUGCAAAUUAGAGCCCUGGAACACUAGAACGGAAUUCUUAGAAAGUUACUUCUCAGAACUCACAGAAAAUGGCAGCUGCAGCUGGAAGCUUUGAAAAGGUGAAAACUUUCCUUGAGUCCAGAGGUAUAGAGUAUUUGUUGAAUUCGUUCAUCCUGAACAAAAUUGACGAUAAUGUGGCUCCUCAAGUUGAACAACAAAAGCUUGUGGAGCUAGGGUUGGCGUAUGGAGAUAUAUUAUCAUAUCGGCUGAUAUUUGCACUCCCUGUGGUUGAAGAGAAGUCCUAUCAUGAAAAGGCAGAUGAACUAAGAAAAAUAUUGAAAAGAGCCCACUCUGGGAAAUAUGAUAUUCAUAACCGUCCGAUAACUGUAAGGGAAACCUACAAAGUUAAUGUUGGAUUGAAGUGUAAAGAUAAGUUAUCAAAAUAUACAAUGAAAAACAACCAGAGUUAUUUGACACUAUUUAAUCGAUCUACAAAAUACCCUGAGCUACAUGACGAAAUACGUAAACACUAUGAUAUACCAAAGAAAGAUCAAACAUUUGUUGGUAAUUAUAACGGUCACUCUCUGGAGCAAGAUUUCAUUGAUAUAGAAACAUAUGGUUUGAGUUGUAGAGACAAAAAAAAAGGAAUACAAGUAUAUUUAUACUAUCCUAAAUCAUUUGCGAAGUUGGAGUUUUCAAAGUUGUGCAAUAAGUCAUAUUCAAGCAUGUUUGAAUUAGAUACAGAAAUUAUUGGACCAGAAGAAACAGUAAUAUCAUCUGCAUGGGCAGAAGGUACCUCAACAAUUACUGUGCCACCCAGCUUACCAGGAUCGAAUUUUGUUGACAGAAGUAUAUGCAGUGUUUGUUCUUGUACGUAUAUUGGUAGCUGUCUACGCUGUGAGCAAAAUGAAAGUUACACAGCAACUUUGCUAGCAGAUCAAACAGACAACAUGACAGAGGAUACUUUUUUAGCAUCACCCGAUCCAGAUGCUGUGACAAAUACUGCCAAAACUGACAUAGAUGUAAACAUAGAAAAUUCUACUCUUCAUGAUUUGAGAUUGAGACAUUUUUCAAGAAACACACAAAAACCAGUGAGAUAUAGACAUUCAAUUGGCUCACCCUCAUUGUCUCUUCAACUAGAAUCAACAGAGGACAGUUCAGCAUUUGGUGAUGAUGAAGUGAAUCGUUUUAUGGAAAAUUAUGAGACAGAUAAUUUUGAUAAUGCUACUCCACAGUUUGAAGAAACAGAAACUGAUUCUAUCGCAUUUAUGCAAAACUGUGAAAGCUACUUCACCAAUUUACCAAAAGUAAACACAAAGCAUAUCAUCAUACAACGAGAUUCACAGCGUUUUUGGCCUGUAUUAUUACGUCAAAAUUUUGAUCUUUCGUCUGAAAAAAUAGCUAUCAGAUUUGCAGGUGAACCCGGUGCUGAUGCAGGUGGACCGCUGCGCGAAUUUUACUCAUUGUCAAUGAGACGGUUUACCACUAUCCCUGGGGUAUUUUUCGGAGAUGACAAAGGAAUUUGUUUCAAAUUAAUGCCAGAUGGUGUAUUAAAAAAAGUAUAUUACAAGCUUGGGCAGUUAACAGGUGCAUCUAUUAUACAUGUUGGAAGAGGUCCCGAAUGUUUCUCUGAGCUCAUUUUCAAUGCAUUGUAUGAUUUGCCAUAUCCUGAUAAAAUAGCACCAAUAAAUGAUGCAGAAUUCAAGUAUAAAUUGGAUAAAAUUGAGAGUGGCGAGAAUGAAGAUCUACUUGAUUUGAACAUUGUUCCUGUACCUGAUAUCGAACAGAACAAGCAAGUUUUUUCAAUCAGUUAUUUAGUGAUGAAAAAUCGUGCCGCAAUAUCACAAUUUGGAGAAGGACUAAAAAGUAUAUGUCCAGAAUUUAUGUUACAAUCCAAUUGUCACACUAUGAAAGCUUUUUUAUUGCCAGAUGAAAAGAUCUUAACUCUUGAUGAGCUUCUUGUUAUUCUAUGCUUUCACAACGUCGAAGAAAUUGGUUCUAAUUUACACCGUGAUAUUUCCAAUGCCAUUUGUGACUGUGAGCUGUUUUUAGCUGAUGUUGCUAAUGGAAACUAUGAUGAGAUAUCUCUUAAAGACAUACUGUUUUUAUUCACUGGAAUGGAUAAAAUUCCCAGAAAGGGUUUGGAUAAAAACAUUGAUAUUUUUUUUAACUGUGAUUUCAACUUUCCAAAAAUUUCUACAUGUGGACUUAAUGCCACUCUACCAACAAAAAAAGUUGAGCAUAAUCUGAAGAUUGCUGCUAAAUUCGGAGGGACUGGAUUUGGUGUUGUUUAAAAUAUUCAUGUUUUGUAUCAUAUAUUAUUGA